AUGUCCAUUCUUAACACACUCAGAGCUACUUUUCGAUAUCGGAAGACAAACGUGAGUAUAUGUAUUUUGGUUGCUUACAGCCUGGUGGCGCUUCUUUAUGUGAGUGAUCAGAUUAGGUACAAAUACCCUUCACCAAAUGAUAAAUCGCUAAUCAAAACUCAUUUAGAUAAAUCCUGGAUGGAUCUCCAGAAUAUUACAUUUUCCUAUCACCCUUACACAUCUAGGGAUAAUGAUAGGGUCCAUGAUUAUCUGUUAGAGAGAAUUAACGAUAUAGUGGAAACGCGUCCAUUCGCAACAGUUUCAGAUGAUAUGGCAGACAAGUCAUCCAGUAUCUUUAAGCAAACGGACACUUUUAACGCUAGUUCUACAAAAUCACGCGUUAUUUAUUUUGAAUCUUCUAACGUUGUGGUAAAGUUGACUGGUAAAAACAGCCAGUUACCUGGCUUAUUGUUAUCUGCACAUUUUGAUUCUGUUCCAACAUCCCAUGGGGCUACCGAUGACGGGAAAGGUAUCGUGUCGUUGUUAGCACUACUUGACUAUUACUCCAAAAACCAACCUGAAAGAACUUUGGUAUUCAACUUCAACAACGAUGAGGAAUUUGGCUUGUUAGGUGCCACGCAUUUCCUAAACCAUAAAUGGUCAAAGUUAGUGAAUUACUUUCUAAAUUUGGAGGGUGCAGGUACAGGAAGUAAAAGUGUCUUACUUCGGACCUCUGACAUUUCCACAGCUAGAAUUUACAGGGAUGCUGUGAAAGUUGAACCUUUUGGGAAUUCAAUAUUCCAGCAAGGUUUCAACCAAAGACAGAUUAGAAGUGAAACCGACUACAAGGUAUAUAGUGCUAGUGGAUUGAGAGGUUGGGAUAUCGCUUUUUUCAAGCCGAGAGAUCUGUACCAUACAGGAAAUGACGAUGUCAAGCAUACUUCUAAAGAGGCAUUGUGGCACAUGUUGCAUACAUCGUGGCAGCUAACUGAGUACAUGAAUACGUUUACCGAAGAUGCGAACUUUAACACAAGUCCAGCGAUUUACUUCGAUUUCGCUGGUUUGAAGUUUUACGCUUGCAGUGCAAAAUCUUUAUUCGCAAUUAACUGCAUUCUGCUCGUUCUCGUGCCGAUUGUGCUAAUUCCUUUCCAUACUUUGACCAAUAGCCGACAUCAAUUGAAUGAGGCAGGUCUACUUUUAUGGUUAAGGCUGCCUCUAACCUUCAUUAUUGCGAUUGGAGUUCUAACUGUUACAGAACUGUUCCUGUAUGAUGUAAAUCGUUUCGUUGUAUUCAGAGACUAUAUCUCUCCGCUGUUAAUGUUUGCAUCCGAGUUUCUUCUGAUCAACAUAAUUUUACUGUCCGUUCUCGAAUACUUUUGGCCCAGUAGGCUGAUGAAGGAUAUUACAUUACUGCAGCUAAAUUUUGUUGUUUGGGGUAUGCUACUCUAUGCAACUUACCUGCUUCGUACUACGGAUUAUGGUACUACUGGUAUUUACAUUGUGACGAUGUUGUUCGUCAGUCUAUCAGGUGCCCUAUUCAUCAAGUACCUUGCGUCCUUGAUAUCACCACCUGGCUAUAAAAAGACGGCUGUCAGAGAUAAUUCACCAGACGGCUCAAUUGUGCCUGCACCCAUGCAAACUGCCUCAGCUAAUCCAGCGGUUAACGAACAACCAAAUAAUCUUGAAGGGAGACAGAAUUCAGUUUCUGUUAGUGAUUCAGGUGACGAUGAAAGAGCCCCCCUUCUACCAUUUUCUUCUAGUAGAACGGAAGGGACCGAAAUAUUGGUUCCACCAGCUAGUGCUGCCGAAGGCGGUUUGGUGAAGGACACCCAGUAUGAAUGGAUUUUCCAGUUCAUUAUCCUGAUUCCAGUAUUAGUUCUGCUUUUCCAAAACUUGGUCGAGGUUCUAAGUGCAUUAUCACAGACGGUGGUUGAGUCCAGAACAUCCAUGCAGUUGGUUUGGAAUACUCUGUUUGGAGGAGCAGUCAUUUUAUGCUUUACCACGUUGCCAUUUCUGAAAGUUGGGUUUAAGAUGACUGCAGCGUUGCUGUUCGUUUUUGCAGGUUUGCUGGUUAGAACCAUAAUUCUCUCUCCUUUUACUGGCGAAGUUCCCUUGAAGAUAAGAUUUAGUCAAAACUUGAAUGGUAACGUUGAAGUUACAGGGGUGGGUUCCAACCUUGGUUUUUUGGAGGAUGUACUUGUGGAUAUGCCGAGUGUGAAACAAAGGGCUGAGCAAGUACACUGCAGCAAAGAGACUCAAACAUGUUCUUAUCAGGGUCUGAAGUCAAACUUGGUGAAUUGCGAUAGUCAAGGAGAAGAACAGCAAAUGAUGUCAAUAGAAGUUCUUCAGAACGACCACAAAAAUGAAAAUCGUUCGAAAUAUGCCCCUAUGAACGCAGAGAUCAAAAUCCACUCUAAGGAAAAUAGGGCUUGCACUUUGUAUUUCAACAACACGUUUGGUAGCUCCUCGCUAGUGAAAGAGGUUACCGUAUAUUUGAAUGUGAAUAAAACGAACUCUACGAAAUUCAGAUGGCAUAAGGGUAUUGACGAGCUGCAACUGCACAAACUGGAUUUUGGAAAGGAGUUCUACCACAUAGGUAUAGAGUGGUUCCCGAAAAUCAUUUCAGGCUACGCAGAUGCGGGAACAAAGCCGGAUGAGGACGUGCUAGGCAUUGUGGCAAUGUGCUAUUGGGGUGAGUUUGAUUCUACUACGAUGUGUAACGGUGAGAGUAGGAGAAUGGUCCCCGCGUACGAUGAACUGCUAGAAUACUCACCCAUACACUAUACGUUUACAAACAGGGACAAAGGGCUUGUGUAUGGUAAGCAGUAUGUGGAGUUAUAG